AUGGCUUCCGCUGAACCGCACUACGACGCACCAGAUGAGCAGGAAGAAGAAAAGCUGAAACACAAGGAAGUCCAGAUGAGCAGCAGCACUCAAUGUGGAGUCGGUGUUCAUGUGAACGCUGAAACAGGAGCAACUGUAAAUGCUCCUUUACUCACUGGAAACACCUUCACAAGCCCAGUGAACUUCAUCUACAACUCUGCAGGAAAUGAGACACAAAAAGCCUCAGAGAGAGAGCCAGAGAAGCAAACAGUAGAUCAAGGCUCAACUGCAGAGGACAGUAAAGCUGCUCAUCAUGAUUACACAGCGACCAGCCGCAGACUGAAGAUCAAAUUAAAACAGGAGUGUGAGCGAAUAUUGGUUGGUAAUUCUCAGAGGGGUCAUCAGAAAUACCUAAACGAUAUUUACACUGAUCUAUAUGUGGUGGAGAAUGAGACUGGAGGAAUAGUCAGUGAGCACGAGGUGAGACAGAUCGAAUUCAAACGAUUUGAUGCCAAGGACACACCGAUCCAGUGCAAUAAUAUUUUUAAAGUUAAUAAUGGUCGACGAAACAGUAAAGUGCUGACGAUGGGCAUCGCAGGGAUAGGAAAAACAGUGUCCAUCAAUAAAUUAAUCCUUGACUGGGCUGAAGGAAAAGAAAAUCAGGAUAUUGACUUAAUUUUUCCGCUUCCGUUCCGUCAGCUAAAUCUGAUCAGAAAUAAUUUCAGUCUAAUGGGACUGCUUCACAAAUACUUCUUUAAUGAUCCUAAAGAACUGCCCUCUCUUCCUGAAGGUGAUGGUAAAAUCAUGUUCAUUUUUGAUGGGCUGGAUGAAUGUCGCUUCCCUUUGAGCUUUAAACAGGAUGACAGAUUUACAGAUGUUCACAAAGAAAAACAGUGA